GCGCCAGGGCCGAGCUCAGGGCGGGGCGUCGCUCAGUCCCUAGAAUCCCCCCAGGGGGCGCUGGAGAGGAGGUUUAGGAACUAGUAUCUUGCCGGGCUGCUGGGCGCAAGGGUUUCGUCAGAAGGUGGAAAUCUCAGAAGCUGCUAUCUCCCACCCUCACCCCAUUCCCUUCCUCCUUUCCUUCCUUCCUCACUCCUCUGCUCCCUCCCUCCUUCCCCAGUUCCUUCCUCUUUACUCUGCGAGUUUCGGAGCCUGGCAGCUCUCUUCACGCUGUUCACCUCUUCCCCCGCCCCCAUCCCCAAGAAUGGAGUCGGGGUUUCCAGAGCGACCAAACUCUCCUCCCAGCAUCUUUAUCUUCCUUGGCUGUUGCUAAACUGGCCCCAGCUGACCAAAGAGGGAGGAGGGAAGCCCGACCCUCCUAAGACCUCUUUUCAACUACACCAUCCAGGACCUCCACUCCAAAGGCGGAUUUUGUAUCCUGGGGGCGGGACAGACCUGUCCCGGGCUGAAUUCUCUUUCUAGUCUCCGAGGCUGGCACACCCAGAAUGAAGAAGAUGAGCAACAUUUAUGAGUCAGCUGCCAACACGCUGGGAAUCUUUAACAGCCCCUGCCUGACCAAAGUCGAACUGCGUGUGGCGUGCAAAGGGAUUUCUGACAGAGAUGCUCUGUCCAAGCCGGACCCCUGCGUCAUCCUCAAGAUGCAAUCUCAUGGGCAGUGGUUCGAGGUGGACAGGACGGAGGUGAUCCGUACCUGCAUAAACCCGGUGUACUCCAAACUGUUUACGGUGGACUUUUACUUUGAAGAGGUUCAGCGUCUCCGGUUUGAAGUCCAUGACAUCAGCAGCAACCACAAUGGGCUGAAGGAGGCUGACUUCCUGGGUGGCAUGGAGUGCACGCUUGGCCAGAUUGUGUCCCAGAGAAAACUUUCCAAGUCCUUGCUGAAGCAUGGGAACACGGCGGGGAAGUCCUCCAUCACGGUGAUUGCCGAAGAGUUAUCAGGCAAUGAUGACUACGUGGAGCUGGCUUUCAAUGCACGGAAAUUGGAUGAUAAGGAUUUCUUCAGUAAGUCCGACCCAUUUCUGGAAAUUUUCAGAAUGAAUGAUGACGCUACUCAGCAGCUUGUGCACCGGACGGAGGUUGUGAUGAAUAACUUAAGCCCGGCCUGGAAGUCGUUCAAAGUAUCAGUGAAUUCUCUGUGUAGUGGAGAUCCCGACCGCCGGCUGAAGUGCAUAGUGUGGGAUUGGGACUCCAAUGGCAAGCAUGACUUUAUCGGAGAAUUCACCUCCACCUUCAAGGAGAUGAGAGGAGCCAUGGAAGGGAAACAGGUACAGUGGGAAUGCAUCAACCCCAAGUACAAGGCCAAGAAGAAGAAUUACAAGAACUCAGGCAUGGUGAUUCUGAAUCAGUGUAAGAUUCACAAGAUGCAUUCCUUCUUGGACUACAUCAUGGGUGGCUGCCAAAUCCAGUUUACAGUAGCUAUAGAUUUCACGGCCUCUAACGGAGACCCCAGGAACAGCUGUUCCCUGCACUAUAUCCACCCAUACCAGCCCAAUGAGUACCUGAAGGCCUUGGUGGCUGUGGGAGAGAUUUGCCAAGAUUACGACAGUGACAAAAUGUUCCCAGCUUUUGGGUUUGGCGCCAGGAUACCCCCAGAGUACACGGUCUCUCAUGACUUUGCAAUCAACUUUAAUGAAGACAACCCAGAGUGUGCAGGAAUUCAAGGAGUUGUGGAAGCCUAUCAGAGCUGCCUUCCCAAGCUCCAGCUUUACGGCCCCACCAACAUUGCUCCCAUCAUUCAGAAGGUUGCCAAGUCAGCUUCGGAGGAGACCAACACCAAGGAGGCAUCGCAAUACUUCAUCCUGCUGAUCCUGACGGACGGUGUCAUCACCGACAUGGCCGACACCCGGGAGGCCAUCGUCCACGCCUCUCACCUCCCCAUGUCAGUCAUCAUCGUGGGAGUGGGGAAUGCUGACUUCAGUGACAUGCAGAUGCUGGACGGUGACGACGGAAUUCUAAGAUCACCCAAGGGAGAGCCCGUCCUUCGAGACAUCGUCCAGUUUGUGCCCUUCCGGAACUUCAAACACGCGUCGCCAGCUGCCCUUGCAAAGAGUGUGUUGGCCGAAGUCCCAAAUCAAGUCGUGGACUAUUACAACGGUAAAGGGAUUAAACCAAAGUGUUCAUCGGAAGUGUAUGAGUCUUCCCGGACACUGGCACCAUGAACUCCACACUUUUACAGAGUUCUCAAGCACUGUUCACUAAUAUUUACUACUUUUAUUCCUGUACUUUAAAAGAAAAUAAUGAUAAUAUACAUUUAAAGAUAGCACGUCUCGGUGAUUUUUGACUAAUUGAUAUUUUUUUUUGCAUGUGUAGCCCCAAGGCCUGAUCUGUAUUGUAAAAGACUUUUUACAAUGAAAUACAGUCGUAACAUCCACUUUACAGCAUGUUGCCUUGAAACAAAAUGACAUACGUAUCCAUUUUUAUACCGGUUUGUUGAAAUUUUGCUAAAUUUCUUAUUAUCUUUACACUGUAAAGCAUUUUGAAACAUUUCUUGAAUGUUGAUAGCCAAAACGUAUUUGGCUUAAUCUCCUAUAUGAUGAGAGACUUUUCAAAAUGGCAGAUGCAUGGACUGUAUUUUGCAUGUUUAAAAUAAUAAUAAAAAAAUAAU